CUAGAAUAUGACAACUAGAUAGCCAAAUAAUAGGUGAUCCACUAGGAAGUAAGCAUCAGUCCUAACCGCUAUAUUGUCUUCUUUAUUUUCUGUAGACGAACCAGGAUUUGAUUCCAGGCAACUGCAUGUGUUUCUGGGGAUUUUUUCCAGCUUUUUUUACGAUUGAAAUGAGAAAAAGGAAAAAGACGAUAAAGCAACAAAAAGAAAAAGCUGAGCGGCAACUUUCUUUGAACGGAAUGAAACUAAUAGCUUACAGUCACGGCGAGAUUUCCAUUUUCCGGCCUCGCUUCAGUGCGGCGGCAAGAUGUCUGACGCGGGCGUUCCCAGGCUAGGCACGGCGAUCCACAUUACGGCGCUGGACGGGAUAAUUCACGUGAAUUCCCUGUUUUCGCUAGCGGUUUUCGUCGGGUUAUCGUGGAACCCUCGGGACCCGAAUAACCGCCUCACCGACGACCCGAAAUGCCUGCCGGACCCGAAAAUCGCGGAGGAUCUGGUGGCCUUCCACGUCUACUCCUUCGCGUGUUUCCUCUUCUCCAGCCUCAUCGCUCUGUGCCUGAAGCAGGCCCUCCGCCUCUCCACUCGCGCCCAUCACCACACCAUUUUCACCUUCACCUUCGACCUCGCCCACAUCAACAAGACUGCUCUCCGGGUCGGGUACCUGGUAUCCGCUGCGGGUUCGGUUUCCGGCUGCAUUUGCUUGAUGCUUGCUUUGAUCAAUGUGGUUGAGGUAAAGCUGGGAACUCUGGGGUGUGGGAGUCGCCAUAGCUAUGGAGCUGUCAUCCCUCUUGUGACUUUUGUGCCAUUAGGGCUUCUGUUAUAUGUAUGCAUCGUCGUCUAUGCUUUCACUCGUUAACUUGCCCACAAACUGUUUGUCAAAUUGUCCUGUAUUAAACAACAUCUUACUCUUAUCAGACGUUGUACUUGUACUUCAUAAUCUGUGAUGUACUAUGCCUAUGCUGUUGUUUAUAUGAAAAUUACCCUUAGUAAAUCAA